AUGAAGGGUCGCGUUUCAUCGUUCGCACUCGCUCUGUCCGCGUUGCACCUCGUCCGCGCGCAGAAUGUGCCCAUAACGAUACCGACGCAGGCACCUUCCUCUGCCAUCGACGUGGCUCAAGACCUGGUCGCAUUCUCCAUCGAGCAGGACCGCUGGACGGACUGGAUAGGCACCAAUACGCCCAACACCUUCUGGCUCAACGCCCUCGAGAAUCUCAAGACGCUAUCGGGCCUUCCAACGCGCAUUCGCAUCGGCGCAGACUCGGAGGACCACACCAACUUCAGCUUCGAUGUCGAGUACGCUACCGACAUCUUCCCAGCUAUUACCGCCACUGUGCCUUACCCCGAAGCCACGAACAUCACCGCUGGACAAGGGUUCUACAAUCUCGCUGCGCAUCUGCCUUCAGGGACGCCCGUCAUAUGGGGUGUAAACUUUGGCGGGAACAAUCUUACUGCGGCUUACCUCCAGACUGUGGCGAUCUGCAAGGCGUUCACAUCCUCGGCAAUGAAGAGCGCGCACGUUACCCUACAGGCGAUAGAGAUCGGGAACGAAGCGGACUUGUACAACCACAACGGUCUUCGGAACAGCAGCUACAGCAUAUCAAACUAUGUCCCCGAGUGGACCACUUUUGCCACGAACGUCACCAAAACAGCGAACGCGUUACUCGGAAAAGACGUUGCCUUACAGGGUAUCGCUUUCGCUGAGAGUUCCCAUACCACUUCCGGCUUCUCACCGGAAGCCGCCUUCAAGCUGGGCAUUCUAAACUCUGACGCCGGUUCGCAAGUCAAGUGGAUCUCGCAACAUCAUUAUUCUGGCUCGUUUUGCUCGGGUUCGGAGUCCCUUCUUCAGAACCUCAUGGACAAGACUUCCAUUCGUGGCAACGUCAGUACCUUCUCGCCAGACAUCAGCGCCGCGCAUGCACUAGGCUUGCCGUAUGUCUUCGGCGAGACGAACUCGUACUCUUGCCAUGGCGCCCCUGGUGUCAGCGAUACCGCUGGCGCUUCGCUCUGGGCUUUGGAUGUACGUUAUGUUCUCUCCUCUGCGAUCGCAGGCAUGGAGCGUGUCUACUUCCACGAAGGAAUCGGCUACAAGUACAACUUCAUCCAACCAGUAACGCUGACACGCUCCAUCGACGACGGCACCCCACUCUCGACACCCCUACCUCCACACAUCCAACCAGCAUACUACGCCGCCGUGAUCGCUGCAGAAGCCAUCGGCACCUCAGGCUCAACAACAGUCUCUGAGCUCACCAUCAAUAACUCGCAACUCUCGGGCUACGCGUUCUACGACAAUGGCGUCUUGAAGCGCGCACUCUUCAUCAACUUGGUCGCUUUCAACGGUAACGGAGCUGCACGUUCCGCUGUUCACGUUGCGCUUGGAGGGUCGGGUAGUAUGACCAUUAAGCGCUUGAGCGUCCCGACGGCGGAGUCGACGUCGGGCGUGACGUGGGGUGGACAGACGUACGAGACUGACGAUGCGCUCGUGUCUGGGAAGCUCCAGACCCAGACCGUGUCCGUUAGCGCUGGGGUUGACGUUCACGAGACGGAGGUUGUCAUGGUCACAUUCAACUAA